AUGGCAGCUUCGGCCCCUAUCAUUCCCGCCAAGACUGCGCCGUCUCUACCGACGCCGCUCGCCACCGGGGGCAACCGCCAGGCCCUCCUUUUGCACCGAUGCAAGACUGUCCACGACCUCCGUCAGAUCCACGGUCACCUCGUCAAGACCGGCGCCGCGCAUCUCCCUUCCGUUGUGGAGAACCUCCUCGAAUGCUCCGCCCUCCUCCUUCCCGACAGCCUCGAUUAUGCCGUCAAGGUCUUUGGCGCAUCACCUCGACCUACUACCCAAGCCUACAACAUUCUCAUCCGCGCCUACAUCCGCAACGGCUGCCCCUACGAUUCCCUCGCCCUCUUACUCCUCAUGCUCGACCGCAGCGCCCGGCCCGAUAAGCACACGCUCUCUUGCGUCCUCAAGGCCUGUUCCAGGGUUUUCUCGCGCCGAUGCGGGGAGCAGGUCCACGCCCACGCGCUGAAGGUGGGGUUCCGCUCGGAGGAGUUUGUGGUGAAUAGCUUGAUCCACAUGUACGCCUGCUGUGGUGAGGUCGGACUUGCGCGGAAGCUGUUCGACGGGAUGUCGACGAGAGGUAUAGUAACUUGGAACGCAAUAAUCGCUGGGUACUUCAAGGUCGGGGAAUGGAGGGAGGUUGUCGAGCUCUUCCGCAGCAUGCUGGACCGGGGAGUGGCUUUCGAUAAAGUCACUCUGAUCAGUGUUCUGACGGCGUGCGGGAGGCUGGGGGAUCUGGACUUGGGCAAAUGGAUAGGUGAGUAUGUUGAGGCGAAUGGACUUAAAGAAUGCCAAAAUUUGGCCACUGCUCUGGUGGAUAUGUAUGCCAAGUGUGGAGAGGUUGAAACAGCGAGAAAGUUGUUCGAUGAAAUGCCUCAUCCCGAUGUCGUCGCUUGGAGUGCCAUGAUAUCAGGUUACACUCAGGCAAAUCGGUCUCGCGAAGCUCUUGCUCUUUUCCAUGAUAUGCAGAAGGCUAUUGUUGAGCCCAACGAGGUGACCAUGGUCAGCGUUCUUUCUUCUUGUGCAGAUUUAGGUGCUCUUGAGAUGGGCAAGUGGGUGCAUUCUUACAUCAAAAGAAAGAACUUUCAAUUCGCUGUUAAUCUGGGAACUGCGCUGGUGGAUUUCUACGCCAAAUGUGGGUGCAUGGAUAAUGCACUCGAAGUGUUCAAAAAUAUGCCAAUCCGAAACGCUUGGUCUUGGUCGGUGCUGAUUCAGGGCCUAGCGAGUAAUGGGCAGGGAAGACAGGCAUUAGAGGUUUUCGCUUCGAUGCUGGAAGCAAAAUUUCUGCCAACUGACGUGACUUUUAUCGGUGUUCUAUCUGCUUGCAGCCAUGCAGGCCUAGUUGAGGAGGGUCAGGCUUUUUUUGAUAACAUGAGCAAAAAGUAUGGUAUUAGUCCUAGGAUUGAGCACUAUGGUUGCAUGGUUGAUCUCUUUGGGCGAGCUGGUUUGAUUGAAGAGGCAUAUUGGUUUAUCACGAGCAUGGCCAUUGAACCAAAUGCCAUUGUCUGGAGAACAUUGUUGUCUGCCUGUAAAGUUCACAAAAAUGUGAAGUUUGGCGAAGAAGCAUUGAAACAAAUCGUUAAGUUAGAGCCAAGGCAUAGUGGUGACUACAUACUUCUUUCAAAUAUUUAUGCAUCCGUUGGUAGAUGGGAGGAUGCAGUAAGAUUGAGGAACCAAAUGAAAGAGAAGGGAAUUGCAAAAGAUCCAGGAUGUAGUUUGAUUGAAUUGGAAGGUAUGAUCUUUGAGUUUUUCGCCGAAGACAGUUCUCAUCCUCAAUCAAAAGAGAUAUACGACAAAGUCAAUGAGAUAGUAACAAAGAUUAAGCUGGCUGGCUAUGUGGCAAACACGGCAGAGGCUCGGUUAGAUGCAAAGGAGGAUGAGAAAGAAGUCUCAGUUUCCCACCAUAGUGAGAAAUUGGCAAUUGCCUUUGGACUAAUGAAAUCUGCUCCUGGAACUCCCAUUAGAGUGUCAAAGAAUCUCAGAGUAUGCACUGAUUGCCACACAGCAACUAAGCUGAUCUCGAAGGUCUAUGAGAGGGAAAUCAUUGUAAGGGACCGUAAUAGAUUCCAUCACUUCAAAGAUGGAUCUUGUUCGUGCAAUGAUUAUUGGUAAAUUGAAUGCAAUAUCUGGUCUUCUGAUUAUUGAUAAAUUAUAUGCAAAAUCUGAUAUCAGAGCUUCUGUUUCUACACAUCCAACACGGCCUCUAGAAGUAAUUGAAUCACACAUAUCGAAUGUCUUUACUGCGAAUUAUUGAAAAGUACGUAUGAUGCCUUCAUGAAGUAUAAAGAUUAAUCGAGUUCUCAAGUUAGAUGAAGAUGCAAGAUGAUUCAUUUAUGUCAUCAAUAAAAAAUUAGAGUUGUUGAUGCAAGAUGGAAGCUCAAGAUUCAUUAUGUGAGAUGAGAAUAGGGCCUUUGAAGCACAUAUGGGAUUCUUACUGCCCAAAUGGGAGUCUUAACUACCGAGCAAUGAAAUAUUUGAUAUUUCUUGUUAAUCAGCUAGGAAAAAAGGCAAGAUUUCUGCAUUUGAAUAACUCUUGUUCUUCCAGGUAUUCCAGCAGCAAUCAAACUAAUGCAACAAUCACAAGAUCAAUCUGUCAAUACAUUUGAAACAAAUUGUAGGGCCUUGAUCUUCUCUUUGAAUGGGGAUCAGUAGCAAUAAUUGAUGCAAGAAAAACAUCCUCUCUAUUUUUUCUUGGUUGUUCCUUUCACACUAACACCUGUGUUGCUAGACUUGGGCCGAGCUGGUCGGUUCAACCAGUUAUACCAGGAAAUGGAGACCAAUUUGAUUCGAUUGAGACAGUGGAAAAAUCCCAGUUUAAAUGUUUUUUUGACCAGUUCAACAGGCAAAUCCUUGACUGCUUGAGCUUCCAUUGGCGAACUUGUUCCAGGAGAAUCAGGCGAUAAAACAACAUUCUGCGAACUCAUGGCUCCCUCAGGAAACACUUGUUGUGGUGGUGAAAUAAUGUAUAGGUAUCGCAGAAGCAUCUGAACAAUCUGGCCGAAGUCAGGUCUCGUACUUGGAUCCUCCUCCCAACAAGAAGUUAAGAUCAAAGCCAGCUCUUCAGGGAGGUCAUCUGUACUGGGCCUAACAUUCUAAACACAGAAAAGCAUAAACUCUCACUUCAAACAAAAAGACUACCUUGCAGCACAGUGAGUCAACCUUGAAAGCAGCUGCAUAGGCAGCUUGCAGGUUAGACAUGCCUUCAAAUGGAAGCCGAUUACUAAGCAUCUCCCAUAAGACCAUUCCAAAGCUAUAGACAUCCACCUUGUGAUCAUAAUGUUUCUUUUCACCACGCUGUAAUGUUACGUUGUUGUAUAACUUCAAAAGGAGAGCAGAUUAGCAACCAAAUGAUAAAUGAUAAGAUUCAGCUGCAGGAUAGCCAAUUGUAAAAAACACUGAGAAGUACCUCUGGAGCCAUCCAACGGCAUGUUCCAGUUUCAGCAGUCCUAGUCUCUGUUUGUGUUGCUUCUCUUGCCAGACCAAGGUCCACUAGUUUCACGGUUCUCAAAUCUGUAGUCAAUAGCAAGUUGUCUGCAACAGAAACAAGUAUCAGAACGUCGUCCAAUAUUUAAUGCCUGAUGAAACUAGAAUUGACGUAAGGAAGGAUGGUCACACAGCAUUACUGUCUCAAUUGAAUGAUUAACAAACUAGAAGAACAAUAUUCAAUAGAGCAUUCCUCUUCAGAAUUUUUAUGUAUCUUUUUUUUAGUUCUGUA